AUGGAGCAGCACGAAGCCAUGAUGCGCAUCGCUCUCGCUCAGGGCGAACAAGCUCUCCUCGACAAGGAAGUCCCCGUCGGCUGUGUCUUUGUCCACAGCUCAGGUACCAUUCUCGCCACUGGCGCAAAUGAGACCAACAUCUCCCUCAAUGGCACUCGACAUGCCGAGUUUGUUGGUAUUGAUGCAAUCCUGGAGAAACAUCCAGCGAGUAUUCUUCAGGAGACAGACCUCUAUGUCACUGUCGAACCAUGCGUCAUGUGUGCCGCCGCUCUGCGCCAAGUACGUAUCAGGCACGUCUACUUUGGCUGUGGCAAUGAUCGCUUUGGUGGUUGUGGCAGCGUCUUCUCCCUGCACUCGGAUCCUGCAAAGCGUAGUGUGGACACACCUGGUUAUGCCAUUACGAGUGGUUUGUUUAGAAAGGAAGCCAUCAUGUUGCUGAGGCGUUUCUACCUGUUGCAGAAUGACACUGCUCCUGUACCAGCACUCAAAGAGUCGAGGGUCUUGAAAGAGCUGUGAGGACACGCCGUGUCUCCUGCUGCUCCUCGGCGACAUGAA